AGCAAAAAUAAAAAAAAUCUCUGUUCUGUGGUUCGUCGCGCUGUGGAUCAGCCUGGGCUCUAAGAAAAGAGGCUCAGAGCUGAGGCCUGUAAAGGGCUUUGAUGAAAUAGGAUAAAAUUGUCUAAACACAAUAUAUUUUCUUCUCAAAACAUUGUAUAAUGGAUUAUUUUUUGAGCUUUUUUAGAAAUACGUCGACUUCAUGGAUUUUCGUCGGUUGAAUUUUUGGAUCUCCGGGACAACAUUGCAAGCCUCGGACUCGACUGCGAAGGAUGGCCGGCCGGUGGACAGGAUUUUCCGCGCGCCCUUUAGGAAAGUUGGGGGAAGCCUUGUCUGUUCGUGUAAUGUUUGUUUUUCAACGAGUUUGGGCUAUUUUCACUCAGACAUCUUCUAUGUGUGAUUUAUGUGAGAUCAAAUCGUUGAAUCGUUGUCAGGGUUUUGGGAUUUUUGUUAAAAUGCGAAACAUUGCAGUAGGCCACGUUUCGAAGGCAAUGUGAAAUCAAAUGGUUUUGGCGGUUAAGUAACAUUAGUUGGCGAAUUAUUUUACUGAAUAUCGAGUUAAAUAAUCAACGUAUUAUGGUUACGACUCAUUUACGACCAACUUGAUGUGUUUUUACAUGUUUACCUUAAAAUUUGACGUUUCAGCUAUCCAACUGGUGAUCUGUUUAGCUUCAUAUUAGACUACCUUGAGAGCAACGACGCUAUUUUCUACGUCUGCUACUUUAAACGUCUUCAGCAUUAAUUGUAUCUAUCUAAUGUUGCUUUCAUAGCCUUAUAAAGGAUACAAAGUAGCGUCAAUUCGUCUUUAUUUUAUGGGGUUUGCCGUAUAUAAAGUAGCUUGAUGCUUAGCCUGAGCUUUAUGAGACAAAACGUUCGGUUAGCUGCUACCAGAUAAUUACUGGCCAAUUAAAUCUCUAUUUAAGAAAGCCGAUUCUUGUUUUACUGUUCGGGCUGUUCCAGACGCAUUAUUUACAGUGGCAGUAUGCUCCAAGUUGUAUUUUAACGUCGCCUUGAGGAUCGUAAUCAGGGCUACAUUAGCUAGCAUACCGGGUUAGUGCUCAACAUGGCGGCGUUUAGCGUUAUGCUUCUUGUUGUGAACGAGAAAAGAUGGAGUCUGGAAUAUUCUUGUUGGCUAACUUGAGGAGCCAAACAGCUACGCAUCUUCUUAAAACGUCGUAUUCUGUGACAAAUAAAGGGACAGCUAUGUUCGCAUUUUUAAAUAAGUUGUAUUGACAUGAUAGGAUGUUUAGUGUCUAAAGCGCGUGGAAGUUAGCCUGCUUGGAUUCAGUAGUCUCGACCCUUCAUCGGUGUCCAAAGUUGAAGCCAUUUUGCCAGAUAACUACGUUCAUUUUGGUCUGUUGUUGGACAGAUAAGCUUGCUGUUUAGUCAGUGUGCGAUAAUAAACACCUGUACUUAGCGUGGUGAUCAUUAUGAUGGCAUACUCCCUUUUUUUAUUGAGUCCUUUGGCUAUUUAAAGUGUAGGUGUUACAGUUUAAGUCUUAAUCUUGGCUUGACUAGGAAAUACCUUUAGCUUGUUAUACAGUACAUUGUGGCCAAAGGGAAGGGACCAGGUAACGUUUGGCCGGUGCUGUUGAUUAUCUAAUAGCCACAAGAAAAACGUUACACUGGUCAUGUAAGUUCUUUUAAAAGCCAAAAAUAUUAAUCGUCCCAUUAAAGCACUGGUGGGCUGCUUACCAUAACGUACUGCAAUACGUUUUUGUUGACCCUUUGUGUGUUUUAGCUUAAUUCUGUAAAAGGAAGUGGAAGUAAACACUACACACAUUAGUUGAACCACCACAGUGGUAGGAUUGCAUAAUGUCAAUCUGGUGUAGUGUUCAUUAUGUGUAAUGACUCUGUAACAGUGCCCAGAAGAACAUUUUGUCACAUUGUAUAACACUUUCCACUGCCUUUUGUUAAAAUAAAGAAACUAAAGCAACAUGAUGGAGUAUUGGUUGUUUCAUCUUUUGCAAAUAUUCCAAGUUAAUUUUUCUGUCAUCAGUGUUAACCUGCCAGACAUGCUUUAGCUGGUGCAUGGGCCGUGCUUUUCAGUUGUCACCAGUAUGAACGUGCUUGUUUGCCAUCAUCUGUUUUUCUCUGACAGGUUCAUCAGAGUGGAAACCUCACUAAGGCUCAGACGCAGGGAUAGAUGCUACAUCUUCAGUGUCCAUGUGGAGUCCAACCAUGUUCUGUUUUGAGUUAGAUUAUUAAACUGAGAAAGCUACACGCCUGCCAGUGAGAAUGAUCACCAUUGCACAUUUUCAAUGCGGAAACGGGUCCCAGAAGGCUGUCAAGCAUGCUCCCUCUACUGCUCCAAGGAGGUUAAUGCAUAGAGGACCACUGGUGUCAGGGGCGUCAGAUUUCGGGGGCUGGUCAUGGUGUCCAGUGAGAAGGUGUGGGACCCCUUCCAUGUGGGCCUUGUUAAGCCACGUCUAAGUGAACAACGCCUGGCUCCUGGGCUACCUCCUUUCUUCAACCCCACACACAGUGCAGCUAAGGACAACACAUUCUACAGAAGUCAGCGGCUGUCAUCCUUGUCUUCCCUGCCACCGUCAUUAGUGGCCCUUCAUCCACUUCAAGCCUCUUCACCGUUACAUCCACGUGUCAAUUUGUACAACUCCAGCAAGAUUGAAGGACAACACAAACCUGUCCACCGUCUUGGUGUGGUCUCUCACGCCAAAGAAAAGGAGGAGGAAGGAGAAGUUGAGCAGUUGGAGAUGAAGGGUAAAAGACUAGGAGGCCGUGCAGAGGCCACAAUGGAGGACAGGCUGGAGGAUAUGGGUGAUGGACCUAAAAAUGCAAAAAUCACCCUCAGCUUCCCGUUAAGUGCAGCCCCCCUCCCAACCUCUCUGACAUCGCCUAACCACUGUCACAGCUCCGCUUCAUCCUCCCCUUCCCCCCACCGACGGCGACAGUCCUCCAAGACUUCGGACAAGGGUUCGCUGUGGAAACUGGAUGCCACCAUGGAUGUAAAGCAUAGACCUUUUAAGCCCCCCAGACACGACAGCUCUCCGUCCUCUUCACCUUCCUCCUCCUCAUCCCCUAUGACUGCUCAUGCACUUAUUAGGAAGGAUAUAAAGUCUCCACCUCCACUGAAGUGCUCCAAACUCAAUUCAGAGACUCAGUUUCACAGGUCUCCCCCGAGAUCCUCUAGUGGGUCUUUGGGGGGCUGUUAUGGUGGAGAUGGAUGGGAUGAGAGGCAUAGGGUGGCCAAUGGUACAGCCUCGCCCUCUCAGACCGCCCAGAUCCUCUUCAGUCUGGGUGCAUCGGCCUAUCAGAGAGGUGGGGAUGCGGAGAGGAGGGAGAAAAUCACAGGAAGACCAGCUGGGAAAGCGGGAAGCCCUCAUGGACCAAGUCUUCACCCACCCACCCUUCAUCUUCCUCCCCCCUUACCACCACCACCUCCUCCCCCUUCUGAGGGCCUUACUGCACCCCCUCACUCAUCGUCCUAUUCCCCUACUGACAGCCUGAAGCCCGAGCUGAUUUGCGGGGUGUGCCAUCGGCUCUUCAGCUCCGCUUCCUCCCUGACAGUCCACAUGCGGCUGCAUCGUGGCAGCCGUGCCCUCAGUUGCCGAUAUUGUGGCAAAGUUUUCAUCCACAGCAAGAGACUGCAAUCCCACGAGGCCUCCUGCAGGGUGCCAGGGCUGCCCUCUAACAGCCUGCGCCCUCCUUCUCUCACUGUGCAGCCAAAGGAGGAGCCACUGGAGGAGGGCGAAGUGAGAGUGGAGGGGGGAGUGAUAGUGGGAGAAACAGACAUCAGCAAGGCGCGGCCGGGGAAGAAAGCGCGGAGCCUCCUGGCGCGUAUCCAAGGUGAUGAUGCAGCAGGCGCAGAGCUGCUGGCGGGUGAUGAGAACCAUUUUGUGAAGGUGGUGGAUGGCAAUGUCAUUUACUUCUGCUCUGUGUGUGAGCGCUCCUACAUGACUCUAUCCAGCCUGAAGCGUCACUCUAAUGUGCACUCGUGGCGCCGCAAAUAUCCAUGUCAUUAUUGCGACAAGGUCUUUGCCCUGGCUGAGUACCGUACAAAGCAUGAGGUGUGGCACACAGGAGAGCGACGGUACCAGUGCAUCUUCUGCUGGGAUGCCUUUGCCACCUACUACAAUCUCAAAACACACCAGAAGACGAUACACGGAAUUAACCCCAGUCUCAUCUCCAGUGAAAAGACAGCUAAUGGAGGAUAUAAGCAGAAAGCUAAUGCCCUCAAGCUCUACCGCCUUCUUCCCAUGCGCUCCCAGAAAAGACCCUACAAGACCUACAGUGACAGUUUGCAUAAUGGCCUGUUGUUGCCACCAACCGAAACAUCUCCCCUCUCCCUGCCCGGCCUGGGCUGUGCUCUGGGCCCUGGGGACCUACAAAGCCUCAUUGGUGGGGCCCACCCUCAGAGUGUAAAGCCUGACCCAGAUGCCUUCCCUGAUGGCUUUCCUGUUUCUGUGACUGCUGAGCACACGGAGCUCUCUGCACUAACACCCCUCCCCCAGACUGAUGUGCCCCAAGUUAGAAAACAUGAGAGUGAGGCCCUAGAGUCAGAGCAGGGGAGAGGCAGUGGGAGCUUCAAAAUGUCUAAUGGCAGCAAAACCAAAACUCUCAAGACAAGUAGAAACACAGAAACAAGCAUGCCUUCUGUGAUAACAUAUGGCCAUACAAAACCCUCCGUCAUAGUUCAUGGAACAGCAAUGUCAUCCUCUGUCAUCGUCCAUAGCAACCAGGUUACCCCCGGAAGUGAUAAAAGCCCAGUGAGCAGCCCACUCCCUGAAAGCAGUAACAGUCAGACUUCACUGAAAGGCAGCCCUAGAUCUAUCAAAAAGCAGAGGGAUAGUAUAGAUAAUCUGAGAAAAAGGUCCAGAGACAGUUCAGAUGCCACAGAGGAGGGCUCAAGAAGCAGACAGGAUGCAGAGACAGGCAGAUUAUUUCACAAAUCACGUAAAUCACACAGCAAGAACGACAUCUCAAACUCAAAGCAGCUCUCAGGAUCUGUAGGGUCACAGGUCAAAGAGGCAGGGCCGCUGUGCCAGAUUACUGUACGCAUUGGUGAGGAGGCCAUAGUGAAGCGCAGCAUCUCUGAGACAGACCUUAGGAGAGACAAAAGCCUCUCUCCUCCAAAAACCAAGCGUAGUGAAACGUCAUCUGUGCGGGACACCAAGGAGCCACGUCACUCCCACCACCAUCACCAUAAGCACCGCCUCCAAAGUAGAGUCAGCCUGGAUGCAGAGGAGGAUAAGGAACGGGGGAACUGUCAGGAAGUCAGAAAAAAGAGCUCUAAAUCUCCUGAUGAAGUCAGGGAAUACUACUUCCGACAGGAGGUGCGUGAGCAGGAGAGUGACCACGACAUGGAAGACAAUCUAUGGCGACCUUACUACUCCUACAAGCCUAAGAGAAAAACACAAGCACAUCUACAGAGGGUAAAGAGCUGGCAGAGGAAACUGAAAUAUAAGCGUUCCAUCCGGCUGAAGAGGAGGGCAGAGAGACUGAAGAAUCUUGCCAAUAAAGAGACAGAAAAGUCACAAGACGAAGACGAGGAUAGGACAACUGAGGAGACUGAAAAAAUGUCAAAAGCUAUCAGAGAUGAGGGAGAAGUGAAAAAGAAAGAUUAUCACUCUGCCCCUUUAAAGGAGAAAAAUAAAGAUGCAGAACAACAUGUUAAGGAGGCCCAUCCUGAGGUUUCCACCCCUCCUCUUAACUCUCCAAAGUCUCCUCUGUCUACCUCAGUGGCUCCUACAGGAAUAAAGAGGCGGCCUUGGACUAAUGGGAACGCGGCAGAGUGUGGCACUUGUGGCCGCUGGUUCUCAAGCCCCAGAAAGCGAGACAAACACGAGCUGAGCCAUCUGCUGGAGUUUGUAUGCCUCCUCUGUCGAGCCACUUUUCCCUCAAGGGAUAAGUUGGAAGACCACCAGAGAGCCCAGCAUCCCAAGCCGACAGAGACACCUGCCGUGCCCUCUAAAGUUGCUGAACAAGUUGAAGGGAUUAAAUCCGUAUCAGAGAUUGCAAAGUAUGAUGAGGACAAGCAGGCAGGUUUAGGAGGGAGUAAUUGUAGUCCAACUCGCUUAAGCAGAAGAGCAUUAUCACGACACACCUGCCCACAGUGUCAUAAGGUAUGCAAGACAUCAUCAGCACUAACUCGCCACAUUCGACGCCAUGAGUUAAGCAGUUCCCCAGAGAGAGAAAAGGAAGAUAAAGACACGGAGCCAAAAACUUUAGAGACAGUUGUAAACACUCCUAGCACAGACCUAGAAACUGAAAAAGGACAGGUUCCCAGUGCCCUCUCUGUUUCAGUUAUUAGCUAUUCAACGCCAGAGCCGCCCAGUAGUGGUGAGUGUUUGGCAUCACAGCAGCAUGAAGACCAUCUGAGUGAACUCACAGAUGAACAUCAAAUGUCUGAAUCCAGUCACAAAGCUGAACUGAAAGAGCAUGCACUUUCAGCUCCAGACAGAGAUCACAGACCACACAUUGCAGACCCUCCAUUAGAAAGCCCAAUUAACCUUACUCCCAACAAACAUGAAUUCACUCCUGCCACACCAUCUACACUCCAGAGUGUGCUUGUUAUGAAUGGACCUGAAUGUCUUGACUACCGUACCCUCAGCAAAAAGAACCUAGACAGCCAAAUCCACAGAAUACCCAGUCCUCUGCAUAUUGUGGCAUCUACCAACAGCUCUCCAAAUGUGUCCAUGACAUCACAGACCAGAAUAACCACUGCUGCUCCUCCUGUUUCCAUGGCAACAACUCCCAGCUCUGAGGGGGGAUUUAUGAAACGGGAUGGGGUCAUUAUGGACAGAGAGAGGCAAGGUGGGAGUGGCAGAUUUCUGCAUGCAGGUUACAGGGAACCACCUCUGGUCCAAGAUCUCAGAGUCCAGUCCAUGUCCAGAAGUCCCUCUCCCAAUGAAGCACAAGACCUGACCAUGUCGUCUAUACUAGCCAGAGAGAGGGAAAUAGAGAGGCAGAGAGAGAAAGAGAGGGAGCUGGAGAGGCAGAGAGAGCAGGAGAGGGAGAAAGAACUUGAGAAAGAGAGAGAGAAAGCGAUAGAGAGGGCACAGCAAAUCAGUAGAGUUACUCAUGCCCCAGAGGACCAGAUUGCACUCUUGGUUCCUAAAGAGGAGCCCUUGAGCCCUGUACCAUCUCCCCAACAUAUUCCCACUCAAACCACUAUGAAUGGACCCUCUUCACACAGGCACACUCCCAAGUCCCCCUGCCGGUCCCCCUCAACUAUUGGACUGUUAGCGCAAGCCAACCGCCAGGUUCAUUCCAGUCCACAAGGACUAGAAAGACUCACACUGCCCACUGGAGCAGCUGGUGCCGGUGACCGCCCCUCUGCCCACGCUCUGCUUCUGCCCCGAGCCCCCCAGCCACCUGAGCCAGAGCACCAUGACAAUGUUUCUUCCAGAGACUCCCAGCCAGGGGAUGCCACUCCAGUGGGCUACUCUUCCCAGGAUUACCCUCUACCCCUCAUUGUGCCAGACACCUACCGCUCUGGUAAAAAGCAGGAGGAAAACCUGCUCAUGUCCUCCUAUCCACCUGGAGCUCUUCCCUUUGGCCCACUGGGAAAAGUGAUGGUUCCUAACGGCGGGGACCUGGCCAAGCUGCCGUUCUAUUCAGAUCCUUACCAGCUGUUCUAUGGGCCCCAGCUCCUGGCCUACCCCUAUAACUUGGCAGCACUUCCUGUGGCUCUGAAUAUGAUGGCACCUGGGGGAGACAAGGUGGAGCCUCUGCCUUUCCUCCCUGCCAUCUUCAACUACGCAGCUACUGCUGGGCCCUACAUGGGUGCAGCCCCUCACCCCCUUGUGGCAAAUCCCAGCCUUUACAGCAGCAGCGGCGGCAGCAGCAAAAAGCAACGAGACAGCAGCAGCGGCAAACCGUAGAACACAGAACACUACAAGGAAUAUAUUUCAAAGGGGACAGCCUCAUCUGUUUAGGCUGGGAGUGGGAGGGGUGCGUGCUUACUGGGUCACUGAGUACUCUUGCACAGUACACCUGCCUCUCUUUUAUUCAAUACAGAUCAGAGCUAGGCACUAAAGGAGUAGGUGUGAAGGGAGGAGAAGGAGCAAAGAAACAGGGAGGAGAGGCCAAUAUUAUAGUGACGUAUCAUCACUCCCUUAUCUUUACUCCUGCUCAGCUUUCUCCAUGUCUCUCCUGUCUGCCUGUAGUGUGUUGUAGUUCUAGAGCUUGAUUAAUCUUCCUCUUCGACUCAUUAUAUUAUCUAUAAUAUAAGAAUAAGAACUGCUAACAGGGUUUGUGUUAUGUGAAAAAUUAGUUCAGUCUACUUCCCUUUAUAGUCACCGCAUAACGAGGAUAAACGCUCUUCAGGGAAGGCAUGUGUGGGAAAGGAUAAGAGACGAGACAGAGGAGUCCAUAUGUGACACAAUUGGAGGUGGAGCAGCGAGCAACUCAAACCUUGUGUAUUUUUGUAUGAACGAGUUAAAACGCAGGAGAAUCCUGCCAUGAAACUGUCCACGAAAGAUAUAUAUGAGCAUGUACAUGCACAUGUAUGUACGGAUUUGUGCAUGCAGAGUUGGGCUUAAGCAGGUAUUACUGCAUAUGUGUGAAAGUGUGUGUGUGUAGAUGCGCGUGUAUGUGUGUGUGCGCGUGCAUGGGAGUGAUGGAAUACGAAUGACUAGAUCAUUCCGUGCGUAUGGGACGCACACAGCAUUCCUACUCUAGUUGGAAUCGCUACUGUAGGUCAAUGUGUAGAAGUGCAUUUAGAAGUGAUUCAUCAUAUCCAAAUCAUUAAGAAGUUAAGCUAUGGCUGGAUGUGAGUGUAUGACAAUGACAGAUCAUCUGAGCUUCUAAAGUCUCAGCAAGCCUUGUGAAUUUGUGGCCAGAUGACGCUGUAGGAACUGUAACCUGUAUAGCAUUCACCAUAGUUUAUACCUUAUGUGCACAAAAUAGAGAAGUAGUGGUCACUUAAAGGGGACACUUGUAGCUGCUUCAGAAAUUGUAGCUGGCCACUGGGUAAGAAUUCAAGGCUGGUAGACCAUUGCACUUCCGUUUCUCAUCUCAAUUCCUUCACAUAAAAAAAGGAAAAGAAUAAAAACCAGUCAGCCUUCAUGUUGUGUAGCUUUUUCCUCUUUGAGUGGAAGAUGAAAAGGCUCUGUUUCCUUAGCCAAGAAGAAGAAGAAAGCAACAGCAAAGAAGGAAAAAGAAAAAUGGAUUCAGGGUAUUGUGUUUUUUUUUUCUGGAUAGGAAAGAGAAUUAUAUGGGCACAAAACUGUUGGACUUUGAGUCAGAGGGCCCCACAGAAGUGUUGCUGGGGCCUAAAAAUGUUGUCCUACUCCAAAACUGAGGGGAAAUUGGAAAAAAAAAAAAGUGUGAACUAUCACCCUUCCUGUCCUGUGUCAUUUUACCAAGAGGUAGGAGAAGGCUGAGCUUAGCAGCCAAAGUGGUGGCCGAAACUCUCCAGACGCCCUCCUGGGGCUUUUUUUUGUUAUGUGUAAUGUUAUCUCUAUAUGUUUGUUCUGUUAAACUAUGUUGUUGUUUAUGUUGUUUAGCCCUCUUACCGGAUGGAAGUGGCUUCAGUGAAAAGAGGGAGUAAACUUUAAAAUAUGAAUGUAAAUUUAGUCAUGAGGUUAAUGAAGUACAGCUGCAUUAAUGAUAUAGUUGGUUUCAGUUCCUUUUUUUUUUUCUGUUUUGACACAAAUAACCUGUUUAAGAACCGUAUAACGUCUGGUAUGCAUAUAUACAGUAGUCCUAGGACCACGUCAGUAAACUUGGGUUCUGUAUCCACAAAAGCAUGAGCAACACUUGCUUCCUAACCGUUUAUAUCCUCAGCAAAUCUGGCAUUGUGCACACAGCUUUUGUUUGUUUGUUCCUUUUUUUUUUAUUUUCUGGCCUUUUAUUCUCCCAUGUCUCUGUUAAUACUUUUUUGGAUUAUUGUACACAGUUUGGAAAAAUUCCACAACACGUGCUGCCACAUUUACACCUCGCAGUCACUAUCUUGGAGCUGUUUAAUUCUCCCUCUCCACUCAAGCAUACACUCGCUCACUGCAGCUCUUCCAUAUGAGGUGCGUGCUUUUCGUUGUGCGUGCGUGUGUGUGUGUGUGUGUGUGUGUGUGAUGGCACUGGGGCACCUUUUGGUUUGGGCAGGAGUGUUAAAACGCAGUGUGACCGACUGCAGGGGUGCACAGGCAUCACCUUGGGUGUGGUUACAAGCCUUUUGCGUGUUUGGCGUUUUGCGUAUGAGAGUGAGUGACCGUGUGAAUAAGAAAACCAAAAUAAAUCUGCCUAAGCAGCAUAUCCCUUGGCAGUAUAUGGGCCACCUGUUCUUAUAUUUUUGUUUUUGACACUUUUCUGUGGGUUAGUUUCAGUGUAAAAAAGCCUUGCUGUCUCCAAUACACUAUCUCAAGCCAUUCCUGUAGAUGGACAUGUUUGUGUUUUUGGACCAUUUCUUAUGCCAUAGUUUGCCAUCAUGGUUAUCAUACAGACCAAAAGCAUGCAAAUCGACGUAUUGUAGUGACUGGACUGGAAUCUGGUGGUAAUAUACAACUAUUUACUGUAUGUUUUAGUUUAAAUGAAUGUGCCUCUGCUUUGAUAUUUAAAUAAUUAUCUAUAGUAAGAUGUGGAUCUGCCAGAUUUCAACUGUUAAGGUGCCUUGUUAUGGCAUAAGAAAUUUAAAUAGUCAACAUUUUCUUGAGAAACGACAUUAUGAUUUGGAGAUAGAUUUCAUGGCUUUGUUUGCUAUGAAGCUGUUCAUAGAUGUAGGAGUGUGGCUAAACUGUUUUGGUAUCGUGUACAUGUCUAGGGUAAUACUGUGCCAUAUAGAGCCCACAAAAUAUGUUAAUGUUAUUUUUAAAAGAUGUUUUAAUGUUGCCUGAUGACUUUGUCUUUAGAUUUGAUACAAAGGCUUGUAGCCACAGCUCUCCCAAAGUCUGUAGUCUCCUUUUCCGACAUCCUUCUUGUCUCUCUCUCUCUCUCUCUCUCUCCCUCCCUCUCUCCCCUUGUUUCCGUCUCCCUUUCUUUCUCUUUGCUGCAAUCAAACAAAAUAAAGUAUUAACCUGAUGACCCAAUGAAAUCA